AUGGUUCUCCAGUCUACGGCCAGAGAUCUAUAUGCUCGUUCGCAGAGCUAUGCGAAUAGUUUAGCACCCGUUUCCAAAGCGGUGUCAAGCGAAGAAGACCACCGUCAAUCUCAACGUGGUGCGGAUCCCUGGGAAUCUCUCAAGGAAUACGUUACCGGGUUCACCAAGGAGUCCCCUGGAGUUCAGUUCUGUUUUAUAUCUUGGAAAAUUGGUUCAGUGGACAGAGCUUCGAAUGCACAAACUUAUUCAACGGUAUCUUGUGCGCGGUGUGGCAAGUCCGCUAAUCUUCAAUGCCCUAAGUGUGUGGAAUUGAAGCUUCCUCGUGAAGGUUCUGCAUUCUGCACUCAGGAUUGUUUCAAGGCAUCAUGGAGUUCUCAUAAGUCAGUGCACUUGAAAGCCAAGUUGUCCACAGUUAGAGCAGUUACUCCAGAGGAACAAAUUUCAUCCCUACCUAACGAAGGUUGGCUAUAUUGCUUAAAGAAAGGCCAGGCUCGUACGGAAAAAUUACCUCAUUUUGAUUGGACAGGGACUCUAAGGCCAUAUCCUAUAUCAAAACUGCAUACUGUACCUGCUCACAUUGACAAACCAGACUGGGCAAUUGAUGGAGUUCCAAAAAUUGAGCCCAGUAGUGAUCUGCAGCAUGUUGUGGAGAUCAAAACUUCGGAGCAGAUCGAGAGAAUGAGAGAAACAUGCCGAAUUGCAAGGGAGGUUUUGGAUGCUGCUGCUCGUGUAAUUCGACCUGGCAUGACAACUGAUGAAAUUGAUGAAGUGGUUCAUGAGGCAACGAUUGCUGCUGGAGCGUAUCCAUCUCCACUAAAUUAUCAUUUCUUCCCGAAGUCUUGCUGCACGUCAGUUAAUGAAGUUAUUUGCCAUGGGAUCCCAGAUGCGAGGACAUUAGAGGAUGGGGAUAUUGUAAACGUUGACGUGACUGUCUAUUAUAAAGGUGUCCAUGGUGAUCUUAAUGAAACAUACUUUGUGGGGAACGUUGACGAAGCAUCUCAGCAUCUGGUCCGCAGUACUUACGAGUGCUUGGAGAAAGCUAUAUCCAUAGUUAAACCUGGAGUACGAUUUCGUGAAGUUGGCGAAGUUAUUAAUCGGCAUGCUUCAAUGUCCGGAUUAUCUGUGGUGAGAUCAUAUUGCGGUCAUGGUAUUGGAGAGCUAUUUCACUGUGCUCCAAAUAUUCCUCAUUAUGGCAAAAAUAAAGCAGUUGGUGUGAUGAAAGCUGGGCAGACCUUCUCAAUUGAGCCAAUGAUCAAUGCAGGAGUUUGGCGUGAUCGGAUGUGGCCCGAUGGAUGGACAGCUGUUACUGCAGAUGGUAAACGCAGUGCACAAUUUGAGCAUACUCUGCUGGUCACGGAAACUGGAGUUGAGGUUCUUACAGGACGGUUACCCAGUUCACCUAAUGUAUUCCCAUGGCUUAAUGUGUGACAGUUUCACCAGGCUCAGAGUAUCAGACUACAACUUCUAUUAGCACAUUUGGGUCGAUUGAGACCAGCCAAUUGUUAUUUUGCUGCUGUUGACUACAAUAUUUACAUGGAAUAAGGAUCAUGCUUUAGUGGUGCCAUUUGCAAAUCAAUCACAGCUGGCUAAAUGUUCAUUUCAUCCAGCUAUCUUGCCUAAACCAUCCAGAAUGAUGAGCUGGUGUUCUGGAUGUCCUACAUGCAGGUUGGAGA